CUGGUCUGUGUGGGGGUGUCAUGGACAUCACCGAGUCUUAUCCCAGUCUGACGUUCACCACUCCUCUCUACGGCACCUCUGUCCCUUCUAGCGUGUCUCUUUACUGCAAAAUCACUAUUACCUGUCCCCCAGAGGAGCAUAUAGAGCUUACAUUGUUCGACGUCGCAGUCAGUGGGCAAGUCGGCAUCUUCGAUGUACCACCAACAGGAGCUGGAAGCAUUGUGUUCACUUGCACAGGUAUCCUCAAUGCCUCCACGGUCAUCUUUUCGAGACACUCCAGCCUGCUUAUCGACUACAGUGGAACUACUGGUGUGCUUGCAAAGGGUCGCGGAUUUACGGCGGAAGCUCGACUAGCAGGUGGCAAUUCAUCAAACAUCGACGGAUUCUGUGGCGGCACGGUCAGCCUGUCUGAAUCUCUCCCAAGCGCCACCAUCACAACUCCUCUUUAUGGUCUUACAUCACAAUUCGGUUUGCACUUAGAGUGUACGAUGCAUAUUACCAGCACCCCGGGAACCCAAGUCCAGUUGACAUUCAUAGACUUUGAGACAACUGCAAGUGAAGGUCUGGCUAUAUAUGAUCAACCUUUAUCUACCUACAACAAGAUUGCUUAUUUCUCAGGAAAGCUCGAUGUGAGAACGACAGUUUCGUCUUCCAGAGGAGGUCUGACUUUGACAUACCAAGACGACAGUGAUUUAUAUAAUGGACAAGGAUAUCUCUCCGAAGCAAGUCUGUUAGAUAUUCAGCCGAUCUCUCUGGAGCGCGCAUGUGGAGGAUAUGUCGCCUUGAACAAGAACGUUCUCCCAAGAAUGACGAUAACAUCCCCUCUGUAUGGCACGUCUUCACCAUCAAACGUAACUAUCAGUUGCUGGUGGUUCUUCUCAAACAUUUUACGUGACCGGCAAAUUGAGGUGGUUCUGAAAAACGUGGGCAUUUCUGGAGAUGAACGAAUCAACGUAUACGACCACCCCUCUACUCAAUCGUAUCUAAUUGCUUCGCUGUCUGGUCCGUCCGCGGAUUCCAUAUUCACAUCGACAAGGUACGGAUUGUCGAUAUAUCUAGAAGACAUCUCACCAGGCGCCAAUGGAGGUGGAUUCAUUAUUGACGCACGACUCCAAGGAACAGAAACAACGAUGUCACCAACAUCAUCAAGCAACAUGUUACCCACGGCAACAACAGCAGACGUCUUGUCGACAAAGGGAGCCGGUGAAAUGACACAGUCGAACCCGGACACAUCGAUCACCUUGACAACAUCGACAUCCGUGUCCAGUUCAACCACCCAUGCACUGGAGGAAAACGGUACUACACCUGUAGAUAACCUCAUUGGUAUCGCAGCUGGUGUGGCGUCAUCUGUAGCAGUGGUCAUACUCGCCAUUGCCAUCAUCACCCUAAUCGCCAUACGAUCACGUAGAAAACGUCACGAAAACGGUGCCUCGGCGGCGUCCGGUUCCAGUGUUAAACCACCGAGCCCGCCCCCGCGUGGCGAUGGAUCUCGAUCACAUGAAACAACCUUCACUUAUGGAAAGGACGAUGGCAGCCUGGUUGACGAUGUCGGUGACGAUCACCACUAUUCGCGGGCGGUGUAUUCUGCUAUCGACAAUAAACCCGGUGAUGAAGAGGAGGAUCAUUACUACAUGAUUCCUCAGAGUUGUGAGGAGAGUGACGUCAUAACAGAAGGCCCGACUUACAUCAAUGAUCAUGUGACUAAACCUAGAAGAUACUUGGGCCAACAUGUUACUCACGGUAAUGAUACAGAACUUGUAUGAUCAUGAUCUUUACAAAUAUAUAGAAGCAGAAUAAAGGCUGUAAUCCUGGAGUCGAAUAGAGGUAUCACGAAUGAUUCGCCUAGAUUUUAAGCCAAUGGGCAGGCAUUGUUAGAAAAUAUUAUCUCAUUUAAGCGAGCUGAGUGCAUGCGACGUCAUAAAAUUAUUGAAAUCAUUUCAUAAUCUCUAGUUGAAUCUGUCUGUUGCUCUAAUUUUCCUGCAUUUAUCUCAAUCACCUUGAAGUCAGUGUUAUCUUCCUUUUAAGUGCACCUUUUUUGCU